AUGAGCUACGAACAUCCACUACCCAUGCCAGGCGCAUGGCCAUCAGACGACACAAACCCCACCUCCCCUCUAACCUUCACCCUCUCCAACUUCAUCUCCGCCGCCGGCAUCGCCCAAACCUACAUCGAAACCACGCUCCAGCAAUCCAAAUCCCUAGUCUGGCUCUCCGAAAUCAUGACAAACAUGACGCUGUUCACCUACGCCGAGGAACUCGUUGAGAAAUCAGUGGCUUCCCGCCUCCGCUGGCCGAUGGGGUCAUACUGUCUUAUACUUUGGAGGAAGUGGGGUUACUUCGGGCGAUACUACGGUAUUCGCGGGAAACUGGAUUAG